UGCUUGCAACACCUGGCAGACGAGGAAACGGGUUGCGCAUGCGCAGGUCACUCUCAGGCUGUCUUAUAGCAGCGAGCUGAUUAUCUACCUUCAUGACUUCACAGUCUGCCUUUCAAACGGACUCAUCACCGCUUGCGGAUUUAAUUUUUUUUUUUGCUAACUUUGUAGAAAACGCAGAGAGUGAAAAAGAGAAGAAAAAAUGCCUCGAUCUUUCUUGGUGAAGAGUAAAAAAGCUCAUAGUUACCACCAGCCCAGGGGUUUAGAGGACAACUACAGCAGACUCGACACAACUUUAACUCCUAUCUGUGCAGACGGUAAGAGUGCAGAAGGAGAGGAUGUGUGUGUGGAUGGUGAAAGUGCAGAAGCGGCGGAAGUGUUAGCGCACGCAGACUGCGCCACUGGGCCCUCGCGCUCUCCGCUUAGCUGCAGCAGCAGUGUGUGUGAUCGCGCUUCAGACUAUGAGGACAGUUGGAGGCCUCCAUCACCUUCUGCAUCACCAGACUCUGAAAAGUCAUUUUCACCCAGUGUUGAUGAAACCCAGCCUUUUGCGGUGCCCUUCGAGCCAUGGAGCAGCAGUUAUUCAGGCUCUGAGAUGAGACAGCUGGUCCGACAGAACUUUAAUCACCAUCAUCCUUCCUUAAGUUAUUACGGAGAAAGAGUGAUUGGACCUGCUCAUUUUAGUGAAAGGGGAUCCAGCACGAGCAUUUAUGGCAGUUAUGAGUCGACUACAAACCUGUUUGAGCGCCCUGCUGCUGCCACUGGACUGUAUGUAGACAGGGAUAUCCAUAGACCUGAGAUGAAAACGGACACAGCAGAGUUAUGCACUCGCCUUAUUUUGAAUGGAGCCUUCAAGUGUAUCAAAUGCAGCAAGGUGUUCUCCACUCCACAUGGUUUAGAAGUACAUGUCAGGAGGUCCCAUAGUGGAACAAGACCCUUUGCUUGUGACAUUUGUGGGAAAACCUUUGGACAUGCAGUCAGCCUGGAACAGCACAGAUCAGUUCAUUCUCAGGAGAGGAGUUUUGAUUGUAAAAUUUGUGGAAAAACUUUCAAAAGGUCCUCUACUCUGUCAACACACCUUCUCAUCCACUCCGAUACGAGGCCUUACCCGUGCCAGUACUGUGGCAAGAGGUUUCAUCAGAAAUCAGACAUGAAGAAACACACGUUUAUUCACACAGGAGAGAAACCUCACAAAUGUCAAGUAUGCGGCAAAGCUUUCAGUCAGAGUUCAAAUUUGAUUACACACAGUCGAAAGCACACGGGUUUCAAACCUUUUGGCUGUGACUUGUGUGGAAAAGGUUUCCAGCGCAAAGUGGACUUGAGGAGGCACAAGGAGACGCAACAUGGACUGAAAUAAGGAGUGAAUCAGAUUUGAGAUGUUCACUCAACAUCUCUGGAGAGUCGGUUGCCUUUCUCGGUCCUGGAACAAUGCUGCAACACGGCAAAUUAUCAGGGCUGAAGUAAAGUAGGUCUAAUUUUCCAUUAAAGGAAUCUAGUGUAGCCUGCAAUAGACAUGACCACAUUAGCAGGAGGUUAUGUAUCGCUUUUACAAGAACUCACCGAUUUACAACAGUGUUGACUAAGCUACUAUUAACCAUAUACAGAGCCUUGUGGCCAUGCAGCCUAUGUACACUCUCAGAAAUAAAAGUACCAAAUUGUAGUUUUACCUUGUGUCUGAUGGCAUUGUCAAGGAUAAAUCUUUCCUAACUUUAGUAUUUUUUUGGUUUGUUUACCUGGGAAGAUUUAUGUGCCGUACGUUUUUAAAGUACAUCAGUGAUAGUUCCAAGUGUGCUCCAUGAAUAGUUAUUAUUAUUAUUAUUAUUAUUAUUAUUAUUAUUAUUUAACCAAUUCACAUUUCUAGGAGAAUGUUGUAUAAUAAAGGUACAAGAUGACAUUGGAUGACCAUGUUGAUGAGAAAGAAAAGUAUAGUUGGUACCUGCAUUUCUGAGAAUGUAGGUGUUAAUUUUUGUACAAGGCCAUGGCCAUAAGCUGACAGGGGAUUCCCAAGCAAAUGUUUAUAGUGUGGGCUAAAGAGAUUUCCAUGAUUUUAAUGUUUCCAAAAUGCUAUUUGUGCUUUGUGUAGCCUAAAUUGUGAGUCAGAAGUUGACCGGCAGGUCUGUCUGGAUUCUGUAAAAUGUACAGCAAAAUCUCCAAAGUGGGAAUUCAAAUAACAAUAACAAUUUGAAUGAAUUCUGUGUAACACUAUACAGAAUUAUUUCUUAACAUGUUUGUGUCACGAUUAGAAACCUGGUUUAACUGUUCAAUACUGGACUUUUUGCUUUGGUAUGAAAGCCCAGGUGCAUGUCAGGAGCGCAUUACCCAAAAAAGAACAAAAUAAAAACCAAUACUACAAAAUGGCGGUGUUUCCGAAACACAAAAUAUUAUCACCAAAACAAUCCGGGAGGCAGUAAAGUGAGUAACGGCCGCGGGAAAGGACGCAGCUAUCACAAGCAACAUCAGCUGAUCUGCAGGAAAUCAGCGCCGCUCACAGUGACGCCAUGCUGCUCCUCUGCUGGCAAAACACGCACUACAAUAACCACGAGAUUUAAUCAAAACCCAGACUGUUUGUGUAUUAUAUAAACCUUGACUGAUUUGUUGACUUUACAAAUAUUUUCCACUCUUUCAACUCACCUACCCAGACGUGUUUGUGCUCUCCGUUUUUAAUUAUUAUUAUUAUAAGUAUAAUUAUUAUUAUUAUUAUUAUUAUUAUUAUUAUUAUUAUUAUUAUUAUUAUUAUUAUUAAUAUUAUUAUUGUUAUUAUUAUUAUUAGCAGGUUGGACCCCACAAAUCACCUGCAUCAUGUUAAGUACAACCUGUUAAACUUAUUUAAAUGUAUGGCAUUCUGAUAUAUUUUGGUUUUUAACUAAAAACAUUAUUUAUUUAUAAAAUACAAUAAUUGUUUGGCUGUAUGAAAAUGAUUAAAAUCAAU